CGGGUUUCGAGCCUUCCGCUGCAUGGCUCUUCUGACAUUGCUCUGCUAAACUUUUUUUGCCUCCUUUCUUUUGAGCACAUAUAAUAUAAUAGAGAUUCGUCGUUCGUCGGGCCAUACUGUCCCAGUUUAAAAAAUGGCACAGUUCAUCAUGCUUUUGUAGAAGAAGAGGAAUGUAAUCGCUAUCAGAAGCAUGUCCUGCAUUCCCAACACAAUGGAUCCUAAAUAUUAUACUGCUCUUCUAUUGAGGUGUAGAAAUGUCUUUCAGAUUAGACAAGUUCACGCCCGCUUGGUCGUCAACGGAGUAUUUGCAGACCUCGUUGUCGCAAACAAGCUUCUUUACAUAUAUGCCUACCAUAAAGCUACCAACGAUGCCUAUGCUCUGUUUGGAGAAAUGGAAAUGAGAGACCCGAAAUCAUGGAGUGUGAUGGUUGGUGGGUUUGCUAAGCUGGGUGACUAUGUUAAUUGUUAUGCGACCUUUAGGGAGGUUAUAAGAAAUGGAGUCCAACUAGAUAGUUAUACAUUGCCUUUUGUGAUAAGAACUUCUAGAGAUAGAAAGGACCUUGAAAUGGGCCGAGCAAUCCACGACAUUGUUUUGAAGUUGGGAUUACAUUUAGAUCGAAUUAUCUGCGCGUCACUGGUUGACAUGUAUGCUAAGUGUAUGGUGAUUGGAGACGCUCACCAACUGUUCGAAAAAAUGCUCCAUAAGGACCUUGUAACCUGGACGGUAAUGAUUGGCGCUUAUGCUGAAUGCAAAAAUGCAUACGAGUCAUUCGUUCUAUUUGAUCGGAUGAUGGAAGAAGGUGUUGUACCAGACAAGGUUGCUAUGGUGACCAUUGUUAAUGCCUGUGCAAAAUUGGGGGCUAUGCACAGGGCUAGAUUUCUUCAUGAAUAUAUUAGCAGUAAUAAUUUCACACUGGAUGUGAUCUUGGGGACAGCAAUGAUAGACAUGCAUGCCAAGUGCGGGAGUGUUGAGUCUGCAAGAGAGAUAUUUGAUCGGAUGGAAGAAAAGAAUGUUAUAUCAUGGAGUGCCAUGAUUGCAGCUUAUGGGUAUCACGGUAAUGGCAAAGCAGCCAUCGAAUUGUUUCAUAUGAUGUUGGGCAGUGGAAUAUUACCGAACAGGGUCACCUUUGUGUCCCUCUUAUAUGCUUGUAGCCAUGCAGGACUUAUUGAAGAGGGUCGUAAUUUUUUCAAUUUGAUGUGGGAAGAGUAUGGUGUGAGACCUGAUGUCAAGCACUAUACCUGUAUGGUUGAUCUUUUGGGCCGUGCUGGACAAGUCGAUGAAGCCAUGGCAUUGAUUGAGAAUACGAUUGAAGAAAAAAAUGAGGGACUGUGGAGUGCUUUGCUAGGCGCAUGUAGAAUUCAUGGGAACAUGGAGUUGGCAGAAAAGGCAGCCAAUUCUCUUCUUGAUCUACAGCCCCAAGAACCAGGGCAUUAUGUAUUGCUAUCUAAUAUUUACGCAAAAGCGGGUAAGUGGGAAAAAGUGGCAAAGAUAAGGGGUCUGAUGACCCAAAUGAAGCUAAAGAAACCACCCGGGUGGACUUGGAUUGAAGUGAAUGACAAAACCUAUCAGUUCAGUGUUGGGGAUAGAUCCCAUCCCCGAUGGAAGGAGAUCAACAGAAUGCUGAUCAGCCUAGUCAAGAAGUUAGAGGUGGCUGGCUAUGUACCUGAUACAAGUUAUGUUUUGCAUGAUGUUGAGGAGGAAGCGAAGGUAGGGAUGUUAUAUGUGCACAGUGAAAAGCUGGCUAUUGCAUUUGGCCUUGUUGCCACUCCCGAGGGAGAUCCAAUUAUGAUGUCGAAGAAUCUGAGGGUUUGUGGUGAUUGUCACACGUUUAUUAAGAUGGUCUCGUCUGUAACGAGAAGGGCUAUAACUGUUCGAGAUGCAAAUCGCUUUCACCAUUUCAGUGAAGGGGCUUGUUCGUGUGGGGAAUAUUGGUAGCAUAGUGAUAUUACCCAGAGGCCAGAUCAAAUGUUGCAUAUGGAUUAACAUUGCUGCAUUUGCUUAAAAUUGACAGUUGAUACAUUUGCAUUUCAAUACUAAAAUGAAUGCCAGGUGUUCUUCCCA